UCAGUUCUUCAACUUAACUCUAUAGGUUAAAUGGACUGUUUUAGACUGGCCCAGCAAAACUAACCAUAAUGAAGAACAUUAUGGCAAGGGGAAAAUGAUAGAUGGUCCACAUCACACAUCCUUGAUAACCAAGUCAACAAGCAUUGCAUGAUGGCCUGACGUAGGCAAAGACCAGGCAUGUGCUAAGUGGGACCCUAAGGUGAAUAUUAUUUCCUUGCUCUUCAGGCAAACUGAGUGAAGACACAGGCAUGGACACGGGACUCUAAUACAAAGAAGACUGAUAGGCCCGACAUGUGCAGCACCAGCAUGUAUGACCUGGAGGAAGUCCCCUUGGAUGAUGAUGACCCAAACAGCUUAGAAUUCAAAAUCCUGGCAUUCUAUGUCAGGCACCACGUCUUCAAGAAUACCCCUGAUGUCUUCUCGCCGAAGCUGCUGAGAACAAGAAGUCUGUCCCAGAAGGGACUGACCAGUUGGUCAACAAACGAGUCAUGGACACAAGUGCCAUGGCCUACCAGACACUGUGGACCCAGCGAGAAGCCCGUAAACCUUGCCAAGAAAAAGUCGUCUUGGAGAACAUUCUUUGGGGUAUUGGAGAAGGAGGAAGAGUCGCAGAGCUUGCCUACGGUGGCCCAUACUCAGGGUCCAAGGACAAUGGAAUUUCAGGGCCUAACCAAUCAGCAGUGGCCCAGGUCUCUUUCCAACGUGGAGCAGCGCGUCGAGCAUGCAGUUGAGGACCCAAAAGCGGCUUCCAUUGCCAACCGAGUUGCUGAAAUUGUUUACUCCUGGCCACCACCAAAGUUGACUCGCCUCCGUGGAGGGGGCGUCACACAGGAAGCUGCAAGUUCUCAGAAAGAUGGAGAAGACCAAAUAAUAGCCAGAAUUGUUGAGCUGCUGAAAUACACAGGGGAUCAGUUGGCAAAAGAGUUAAAGAAAGACAAGACUUUGAUAAGCUGCUUCCCGGAUGGGCUGUCCUACUCUGUUUUCAAGACCAUCACAGACCAGUUCCUAAAGGGUGUGGACACCAGGGGAGAAUCGGAGGUCAACGCUCAAGGCUUUAAGGCUGCCCUUGCAAUAGACGUCAUGGCCAAGCUCACAGCUAUCGACAACCACCCGAUGAACAGGGUGCUGGGCUUUGGAACCAAGUACCUAAAGGAGAACUUUUCGCCCUGGGUCCAGCUGCAUGGUGGAUGGGAAAAAAUACUUGGGAUUUCACAUGAAGAAGUAGACUGAAAUAUCGGAAGAUCUGUCAUCUAGAAUAGCCAUCGUCCACCUGCGGCCCUGAGCGUGUCAAUCUCCACAUAGACUGUGAGAGAAAAUGUAAAUGUACCAGGCAGAAGGAGCCUUGAAGUAUUCAAAACCAUUAUUUCCAUGACAUGAGAGGCAUGAGGAAAGACCUUGUUCAACUCCAGUUCAUAGACUGUCGCAGCGCAGUCCUGGACGUCGAUGUUAGGCCCUCGGUGGAGUGAGGACGUCUGUGAGCAUAACUGGUGAUUCCCUUUCAAAGGUUCGGUGCAGAGACCAUCACCAUGCCUCUGUUAGUACUUCAGGGCAAGCGCUCCCCAUGUCUGCCUCCCUGUGUGGGGGAGAUGAUAAACUGCAUGUGCUCA